AACAGUGAGCCUAGUUGCUCUUUCUCUGCUUUUCACAUGGAGAAUAGAAACAAUGUGAACUCAGGAUGAGCAUUACAAGACAGAUGCUGUAUACUUACUUCUUGAUUCUUCUUCCUGUCAUUUCAGAGGAAAAUGAAUUUGAAGCAUCGACCGACUACGAUACCUGCACAGAUGCUGAACUGGAUGCCAGCUUUGAAUGUAUCACACGAAUGCCAGUAUUCCCAGAGAAUUACUUGAUUUGCAAUGCCACACUGACUGAGUUGUUCUUGAACGAGGCUGGCAUUAGCUUUACUAUGUAUACAAAGUCACCCCAGGUAUGCAAAAUGGAGAGUCAGUUAGUCGGUAAUUGCUCUAUGCGGCCAUAUGAAAUGUUGCAUCCCAUCCACAUUUGCUUGAUAAUGAUAAUAAUGAAUCAGAGAUGCCAGCACUGCAAGAACGUGACAGCAAUUCACAUCAUUAAACCUGAAGCACCAUUUGAUUUAAAAAGCACUUUCCAGGAAAAGGCCAAUGAAUACCUUGUUGACUUCUCAACUUUGCAUGUACGAGGGUCAUUGCUUGAUCACCAUUUAACACAUGAAUUGGCCUACCGGCAGGAAAAAUCAAACUGGACUACCAGAGAGUUUCAAUAUAAACCAUUCAAACUUCUGGGGAAAGAACUUUAUCCUGGUGCAACAUAUGAGAUAAGGGUGCGAUCCAAACCCAAUGGAGAAUACUUCAAAGGCACAUGGAGUGAAUGGAGCCCGUCUGAAUACCAGAAGAUCCCAGAUAAAAUAAACUAUUAUACCUUUAUCGUGAUUAUAGUAUCUAUUGUGGGCUUCCUCCUGCUGCUCAUUCUCAUUUCUCUGAUUCCAGUAUUUUGGGAAAACAGGAUCAAGCCCAUUGUGUGGCCCACGCUUCCAACUCAUGAGAAAGCUCUGGAUAAAUUGUGCAAAAAACUAAGAGAGAAUUCUGAUGCAAGUUUCUUCACUCCUGAAAACCUGGGAUAUGUUCACAUUCAUAAGGUGGACAGCAUUGAAGCCAAAGCCAAACCGGACUGCUUUCAACCCUCCUGUCUGCCUUGGGAUACUGCUGUUCUGGAGAAGCUUGGGAAUGAGCUGGAACAAAAGAGCAACAUGGUUCUCAUCAAUCAUGGCUGGCUGAAGCUGCCUCUGGCAUAUGAAGGAAUGUGGCCAGCAGAGAUGCUGAACCAGCAUUUGGGCAGGAGAAACCCAGCUACUGGUGGUAAUGUGUUCAUCAGUGCCAACCCAUAUCAUGAGAGUGAGGAGAGUAGCUCCAGUAGCCAACCCAGCAAUAAUGAUACCGUCAGCAGCUGUUCUACCUCUUCAGUGGACACAUUGUCUGGAUUGCAGGCAGAUCCCUGUCCUCACACUUACACCAACAAUAAGACUAGGGUGCCAAAUAUAGAAGAAGCCUAUGUCACAAUGGCCAGCUUCUUUGAAAACAAGGGUAACUAACAAUGUCAACACUUGGCAUGGCAGGGCUCUGGAAGAGUCAUUUCACAGAUCAUAGCCUCCUACAUGACUAAAAGGGUAGUCAUCUAUGCCUGCCACCACUUAAACAGCAGACCUGUGUGGCACUUUCAACAUGAACAAAUUUAUUAUUGCAUGAGUUUUCAUGGAAUAUACAAUUUAAUCAGAUGCACUGACUGUUAUCCAGAAUACACCCACAAACACACCCACAUGUAUAUCUCAGUUAACAAAUUGAUUUGCUAUUGGGCAUUUUUUAAACAGAAAGUUUGGUCCGGAGGUAUCUACAAUACAGAAAAGGGGAGAAAUUUAACAUGAUACAUCAAUCUUUUUAUUCAAAAUGAAUAAUAUAUAGUGGGCCCUUGUUAUCCACUGUAGUUUGGUUCCAGGAACCUCUGUGGAUGUCCAAGUCCUGUUAAAUACAGUGGCAUGGUAAAAAUGAUGUCCUUUCUAUAAAAUGGCAAAAUUAAGUACUACGUUUUGGAAUGUAUAUAUUUUUUGGAAUAUUUGCUUGAAUCCAUGGAUAAAGAAUCUGUGAAUAAAGAGGGCUGAGUAUGCAUGAAGUUAAACAACUAGGUCAAGUAAGUCUUGCAUAGUUUAACAAAACUUUGAAGUUUCUAAAGGCUAAUAGAAAACUUCUUCCAAAAUGUAUCCAGAGAUAUGUUUUUUAUUUUAACAUAUAUUCUCCUUUAUUGAGGUUUCAAGUUUGGUGACCAGAUUAACAUAUUGGGUAUAGCUAGUAAGGUGGGCUUAUCUGCUGUCCCCUUCUCUCUGUUUUCAUACAUUCUCAGUAAAAGAUUUUUGGGGCAGCUGUGAUUUACCUUGCCUUUUAAAGGCAGGUACACACUGCUUCUGUAGGACAGGGGUAGAGGAGGAUCCUAUUCUUUCCAAGCUCAGUCUGUAUUGCAUUGUUUACUGCAGAUAUUGUGGUGCAAGCUGCCUCUGAAUGUUUGUCUUUUGGCAGCCUUCCUUCACCAUCUUCCUCAUGCCAAUGCUGCUAAAAAAAAUUCCAGUUUGAAGAAGGACAAGGAAGAAAAGGGGGGCUGGUCUGGCAUAAACGGCCUUUGUAAAAGGGAGUGUCACUCUUAGAGACUAUGUUAACCGAGGUACACCUGUGUGUGUGUCUGUGCAUACACACCUACACAAUACACAUUGCUGGGAUUGGGACAGUAGAAAGUCAAGUUAGAGAGAAAUUAAAUUAAAAAAGUAUUGGUAGUGACAAUGGCCUUAUUAACAUUGUCUGUUCACAACACUGUUGCUGAUCACACAAACGUUCUAAAACGUUCUGAUAUAGUAGCAUCCAAAAUCCACAAAACAUCAAUACCUUUAUUAUUAUUUAAACUCCAUUAGCAACUGAAAAAGAAUUUUUUUCUUUCAGAUCGAGGCUGUCUCUGAAAAUUUUAUUUACUGAACUUUACAACUCUUUGUCUCUCAAAGCCCACAUGGCCAAAAUAGAGGAGCUGCCCCUGCCCACAUGACUAUCCUUCCGUACCAUCUUAACUAAACGCAACUUCUUGACAAAAUGUAGUCCUAUGACUCUAAUAUCAUCAUUUUCCUUCUUUCUCCUGUAUGAUUUUUAACACCUUUCCCUGAUGAAGAAGCCAGUGGAGCUUUGAAAGCUUGCACCAAGUACUGUGUGCAUUUUGGUUGGCUCAAUAAAAGAAUUGCUAUUUGGUGGAUUUUGGAUGUUAUUAUACUUUGCUAUAUGAUCCACAGUGCUACCCAUGGAUAUGUAAUCUCGAACUAGGUAAACCAGUUCAUAAGUGUAGUGUGAAGUGAUGCAUAAUCAGAUUUUUAUUUCAUGCUGCUUUUUAAUUUGGCCCUGGUUUUUGCUGCUCUGAUUUAACUAAUGUAUGUCAUGGACACAUUCUGCUUUUCCCAUGAUUGUAGCAAUAUUGGAAGAAACUAUGCUGCUAGUAGAACCAAAGUGUGUUUCUUAGCUCUUGACAGAUCAAGGUCUAUCUAGAUCAGAAGGAAUCUGGAAGCCUAUAUAUUAGAUUUCUACCUAGUCAGUAUUUAGAUUUUUAAUGCAAGACUGAGAUGUCUGCUGAUGUGUGCCACUAGAUUGCACCCUUUUCUUCCAAGCAGUGUAACAAAUAUGUACAAGAACAGUUACUUACAACAGAACUACACAUGUUUAUUUGUGUGCUUACUUGUUAUAAAUCAAAGUAUACAAUUUAGAUGGUUAUUAAAGCUAAGCAUGGGCCAGUCAAUGUACCAGAGUGGCCACAGUAGAUGGGGGUUCUAGGAGUUGUACUCCAAAAAGUAAUUUUUUGGGAAGUCCUGUUAUAGCUGCUUUAGCUGUCAACCUAUUGAGAAAAAGGGAAAUUGCCCAAGAGCAUAUAUAUACAGUGCU